AUGGCCAAAUACCUCCUAUUGACAUUUGUUCUUAAUGUAAUCACUAUUUUGACAACAGUUAUCGUCGUGAAUAUUUAUUUCCGAAGACCUGAUACAAAUGAGAUGUCACCGUGGAUAAGGAAAUUGUUUUUAGAUAUACUCCCAAUUUUUAUGUGCAUGAAGCGGCCAAAACGAGUGAAAAAGAGAAAAAAAGCGGAAAAGAGAGCCAGCGGGAUCAUCACCGAUUUGCCGGGUUUAGGCAAAUUCUCGAUGAACACUGCCGUCCACCAUCCGCAUUGUCAGAGUGCGAAUGGAAUGCAUAAAAAUCACCUUUGUCCUCCACCGGAGUCGGCGCAAAUUCAACGCGAUCCACAAACGUCGGCUUUCUAUCCACUCACAGCCGAUGCUUUACGGGCAAUCGACGCAAUCGAGUACAUCACUGAUCAUCUCCGGAAGAAAGAAGAGUUUAAAAUGUUACGAGACGAUUGGAAAUAUGUGGCGAUGAUUAUCGAUCGAUUGCUUUUGUACAUAUUUUUCGGGAUUACUUUGGGUGGAACGUGUGGGAUUCUCUUGGCCGCACCAAAUGUCUUUGAGGUGGUGAACCAAGAAGAGAUUCUCGAUAAAAUGCGCAACAUUUACUACAGUCCAAAAGAA